AUGGCUCCUAUCACAGAUGAUGUUGUCUCUGGUCUGAAGGACACUAUCGGGAAGCUUGAGGCCCGGGUUGUUGAGCUGGAGGGCCGCUUGGUCAAUGGCGACAAGAAGCCCAAGUCGCUGACUGAGCAGAUGCGCAUCAUUCUGAUGGGCCCCCCCGGUGCCGGCAAGGGUACCCAGGCCCCGAACAUCAAGGAAAAGUACUGCGUGUGCCACUUGGCUACCGGGGACAUGCUGCGCUCUCAGGUCGCGAAAAAGACGGACCUCGGCAAAGAGGCGAAGAAGAUUAUGGACCAGGGUGGUCUUGUCAGUGAUGAGAUCAUGAUUAACAUGAUCAAGAGUGAGCUGGAAAAUAACACUGAAUGCAAAAACGGUUUCAUUCUGGAUGGCUUCCCUCGAACCGUCGCCCAGGCCGAGCGUCUGGAUGACAUGCUUGCGGAGCGCCAGCAGAAGCUCCAACACGCCGUGGAGCUGCAGAUCGAUGACGCUCUGCUCGUGGCCCGUAUCACCGGCCGUCUGGUCCACCCUGCUUCCGGUCGCUCGUACCACAAGAUCUUCAACCCUCCCAAGCAGCCUAUGACUGACGAUGUCACUGGCGAGCCUUUGAUCCAGCGCUCUGACGACAACGCCGAUACUCUCAAGAAGCGCCUGGCCACCUACCACGCCCAGACCUCUCCCGUUUGCGACUACUACAAGAAGACCGGUAUCUGGCGCGGCAUUGAUGCCAGCCAGGAGCCCGGCCAGGUUUGGAAGAGCCUGCUUGGUGUUUUCAACAAGAACUAA